CGUGCCAUUGGGUCCAUCGGUCCAUUUGGGAUCCCUCGUGCGGUCGACUUGACUCUCAGCCUCGACCACUGUGGGCCGCUGUCUCCCACCCCAACCGUGUGCCUCGCAAUGGUUGAUUUCCUGCUCCGCCUCCAUGACCCAGAUGCGAAAAACGCGCCUUAGGCCGCGGACAGUUCGAUGCCUCCCGUUCCCCUUCAGCGAAGACCUUUGUCCUACGAAGACCCCUCGCUUACUGAUGAAGAUGUCGGUCUCCUCUACCAAGUCAUUACCCGCGCCGAGCGGGACCCAGAAGUCGAGCGCCUCCCGUACCGAGUGUUGUUCAAUGCCUACGAUGAGGUUAUUGCGGAACAUGGCGUGGAUGCGGAUCCAGGCUAUGCCUGCAUGCGCUUCUUGCUCAAAAUGGGAAGCAAAGAUGCCGUAGGGACCUCGCUCUUUGAGAAGUUCGAGAACUUGUUAGAACGGAUGGGCAUCGUUAUCGAAUUCGGCGAAGAUGAUGGUUACGAUGAAACGUAUGCGGAUAGUGUGCCAUCGAUCGAGAGUAGGCCGAGGCGGAGGAUCCGUGAUACUCGAGAAGACUCGACACAGCCCCGGCCUCAAACGCAGACACCUCUACGGAGACGAGCAUCUUUUAACAGCAUGUACGAUGUUGGCGACGAUCCUACGCAACGGAGCUUCAUCAAUCGUCCAAGCUCGCGAUCGUCCAUGUCGCGACUGGAAGUCGGCAAGCCCGAGUAUCCGUUUUCGAAACCGUCGCCGUCCCCGAAGCGUGCGGUAGCUUCUCGAGAGACCGAAUCGCCCGACCGAACCCAGUUGAUGGCGCAGUUCAUUGAAGUAGGUCGCCGGCUUAUGAGUCGGAUGGACCUCCUAGCGGCGCAGUCGUCUGCUCCAGCGAAAGUGGUGGACGAGAAGCCUCUCCCCAACGGAUUAUAUGCCCGAUCUGCCGUCGACCGCGAUCGCUCGGAAAGAAUAGCUGAAAGCUCACGUGCGCGGCGCUCACAAGCUUCAUCCGAUGGCUCAGAGGAGGAGGGAUCGUCGGUGUCCUCCGAGGAAGAGGGCAUCAAUCACAUUGACCGACCGGAGAUGCCCCCAGAAAUGCUAUAUAGACCGUCCCUGUCGGAUUUAUUGCGGGAUGCGUCGACAUUCAAUAUGUAUCGGCAACGCGCAAUCAACCGCCGAGUUCUCACUCAGUGGGUAAAACGGGCUAUUCAAGCCAGGCAAAGCCAUCAAAACAUGGAAAUUGUCGCGGUUAAUCGAGACCGGUAUACCUUGCUUCGCCAAGCCUUCGAAACAUGGCAUACGAUCAUUCGAGACAGACGCCAGACGGAACGGACGGAGAGAUUCUUCAAACGCCUCGAAGAGCGCGCUGGACGGGCUCGGGAUCUCUUUCUCCUCACCAAGGCGUUCUCCCAUUGGGCACAACUCACAUCAGAUGAAGUCGCGAGAACCUCUGCGGCGCGGCGCCAUAUUCUUGGCGUCAAAUACUUUCAAGCAUGGCGCGAGAUCACCGCGGUCAACGAACUGAAGGCCCAGCGCUUUGCUAUGCGAAGGCCGUUCAAUACAUGGCUGAAAAAGACCAAGCAGAUCAAGGAGGACCAGGCGAAGGCUGUCGCUAUCAGUAGCGAGAAAUCUAAAAAUACCUUCUACUGGCAAUGGUUUUGGAGUUUUUGCGAACAUCGUGCCCCGCAAUGGUACGAUUAUUGCCUGAAGAGACGCUCGCUACUGUAUUGGUUGCGCAAGUUUCGAACAAACAGAGAGUGUAUGCAUGAAAUCGAAGUCAGGAAUAAACAGCAUGCCAUGGGUUCAAUAUGGCAGGCUUGGCUCCAAAGAACCCGAGGUGUGAUUGCUACCGAGCAACAGGCAGUAUCAGUUGAGCGUCGGCAGCUUCUGGAGGAAACAUUUGUGGAAUGGAAGGCUCAAGCUCAUCUAGCGCCGGUGGCCUCCCGCGUCUCCAGAAUGGUGGAUACGCACAUCCUCCAAGCGGCUUACUCACAAUGGGUGCAUCGUGCCCAAAUGCUGAAGCAGGCGAGGGAAAUGGAUCGACAACGGGUCUUACGCAACGCGUGGACGACGUGGAAUGAUUUGCUUCGCUGCCAGGCUCUUUAUGCACGAAUCGAGGAACGGCUCAAGCUGGAAGCGAUGUACAAAUGGAUCCUGGCAGAACGAUACCGUCUUAUGCAGCGCAUCAGGGAGCAGCGGAUUAAGCGUGAAGUCUUCUCCACGUUUAUCACCAGUGUCCGGGGGACUUAUGCUGAACUACUCGACCGCGCGGAGGUAUUUGAAGGUCAACGCAACGAAGAUCUACUCCGAUCCAAGCUGGAACGCUGGCGGGAUCAGCUAGCAUUGCAGCGUGACCGAGAAAUGGUGGCCUCGGAAUUUUACGCCCCACGCCUGGCGCAGGAAUCGCUCGUGGUCUGGCGUUCGAAGUAUCAGCAUUUGGUCAAGAUCGGGGGCUGGGCUCAGAACGCUCGGUUUUACUUUCUGGCUACCAAAUUCACCAAAAAAUGGCGCAUAGCGACCAUUGAAUCCGCCAAAAAGCGCCGCCAGGAUGCCUAUAUCCAGACUCGGAGGAAGAUCAAGAUCACCCUUGCAUCCAAGGCUUUGUCGCAUUGGCACUCCAAGUCCCAGCAUGUAACGGAUAUGGAGCAGCACGCCAUACAGAUCUCGCGACAGAACUCCCUGUCCUUGAUAUCUGAGCUACUGAUUCGAUGGCACGACAAGACGAUCAACCGGAUCCAGGACUGUGACUAUGCUGAUAAUCACUAUGCGCAUCAAAUCGUGAGCGAGCAAUUGACGCGCUGGACCGAGGCGUUGCUUGUGAGUCAGCGUCAGCAGGAACAGGCCAACGACAUGAACCGGGUGCAUGUCCUAGGCCAGGCCAACAUCCAGCUCCGCAAGCUCAGCUUCCGUGUGUUCCAGGUCAAGAGCAGCGCCGAGACGGCGGAUGCCAUGAAAGAGCGCAACUUGAGGAAGCAUUGUCGCGGAAUGUUCCGCAAUUGGCUGGAGAAAGCACGAAUCAAGUCCGAGUCGCGAGACGCACCAGGGCCUCUGGUCAGUCCGAUGAAGAACUACGACGGAGCGACUGCAUACGGCACCGACACGAACCAACGCAUUUUCGAUCCCUGGUACCAGACCACCACGCCAUUCAAACCGAAUGGACUGGUUGUCGACACCCAAGCUGCCUCGACCACACCCCUAGCAACACCCAACUACCUCACCUCGCCGUCCAAGCGCGCCGCACGAGCGCGAGCCAUGGCGCAGGUUUCCACCACUCCGGCGACUCCCUUAUACACCCCCUUUGCCAGUCGCCUCUUACGCGCUGGAGCUAUAUUGCCGCGGACGACGUCGAGCCGACGCCGGACCACCCUCGGGACCAGUGUCCGGUUUGUGGAUGAAGAACCACCCGAGUCGCCGAGCGAUGGUCGAAAAUCGGCCAGCCGACGACCAUGAGACGUGUAUAGGAUUUGGC